GGGUGGUUGCCGUGCUGGGUGAGUUGAGGCCUCGUUCCCUCGACGCCAAGCCAGCCAGCGUGUUCUUCCGUGCGGCUUGGUUGGAGACGGCGCCUGCGGUGGUGUCAUGCUGCCUUGAUCGACUACCGAGCGCGCGCGGCGGAAAUGGAGGGCGCUUCUUCUUCUUCUUCUUCUUCGUCGUCGGCGGCGGCGGCGUUGGCGGUGCAGGGAGGCCGGGGCGGGGAGGUGGGGAUCCGGGUCGGCGCCACCAACAUCGGGAGGCUUCGCUGCACGGCGCGGCAGCAGCAGGGGAAGCAGCACGGCGGGAGGGGCGGCGGCGUCACGUCGUGGCACCUCAGGGUGUUCGCGGCCGUCGUCGGGGUCAUGGGCUGCGUCCUGCUCGCCGCGUCGCUCGCCAUGUCCGCGCUGCACCAGGUGCAGUUCAGGAACGCCGCCAUCUCCAGGAACUUCAGGGGUCUCCAGGAGCUCAAGCAGAACAUUGUAAGGAGGGAGAAACCAGACCAGAUAAUGCAUGGAAGACUCCUGCAGAUGGCAACUUCAGCGGUCACCAAGUGCAGAAUGGCUCUGAAUCAGAGGAUUUCGCGCAAUGGGAAGAGCCCUACAAACAAGCACGGAAAUGGACGCCCUGUGCUGCUAAGCACAGUUUGGCGGAUGAAGAACUCCAUGUCUUCAGUUCUGACACUAGAAUUGGGUCAAGCAGAGCCUGACGAGAUCAACAACGGUUUCAUACUGAUCAGCGCGAAUGGUGGUCUCAACCAACAGCGUGUCGCUGUAUGCAAUGCUGUUGUCGUUGCUGCUCUGCUCAAUGCUACACUAGUCCUCCCCCGAUUCCUGUACAGCAGUGUGUGGAAGGACACAAGUCAGUUCGGUGACAUCUAUCAGGAAGACUACUUCGUGAACUACAUGAAGAAUGAUGUGCACAUUGUGAAAGAAUUACCACCACACCUUCAGUCACUAGAUCUCGAAGCAAUCGGCAGCCAGGUCACUGACAUGGACAUCUCGAAAGAGGCUGAACCAUCUGAAUUCGUCAGAUCUGUGCUUCCAAUUCUCCAGCAAAAUGGCGUCGUUCAUUUCCUCGGAUUCGGAAACCGUCUGGGCUUCGACUCAGUACCCGUCCAUCUUCAGAGGCUGAGGUGCAGAUGCAACUUCCACGCUCUCAAGUUCGUCCCCGAGCUCCAGCAAGCAGGCUCCCUGCUGGUCCAGCGGCUGCGCAAGGUGAGCGCGAUGCAGACCGAGAUGGACAAGCAGCUGUUCGGGAACAAUAUGGUCGAGCUCGACCCGGCGGCCUUCGCCGAGGACCACGCCGCCGGCGGGCCGAGCAGGUACCUCGCCCUGCACAUGAGGUUCGAGGAGGACAUGGUGGCCUACUCCCUAUGCGAGUUCGGCGGCGGGGAGGAGGAGAGGAGGGAGCUCCAGGCGUACAGGGAGACCCACUUCCCGACGCUCGCCAUGCGCCUUCGGAACGCCACGGUUUCGCCGGAGGAGCAGCGCAGCCUGGGGAGGUGCCCGCUGACGCCGGAGGAAUCGGGCCUCAUCCUCUCCGCUCUCGGCUACGAUGGCCGCACGUUCAUCUACGUCGCCGGGUCGCAGAUAUACGGCGGCGCACCACGGCUGCGGCCCCUGACGCGGCUGUACCCGAAUCUUGUCACCAAGGAGGACAUCCUCACCACCGACGAGCUCGCUCCGUUCAAGAAUUUCUCUUCACGGCUUGCGGCGCUGGACUUCAUCGCGUGCGCCUCGGCGGACGUGUUCGCGGUGACGGACUCCGGCAGCCAGCUAUCGUCGCUGGUGUCCGGGUUCCGGAUCUACCACGGGAGGGGCCGCGCGCCGACGCUGCACCCGAACCGAAAGCGCUACGCGCAGGUGCUGUCGGAGGAAGGGAGCAUCGCGUGGGGCGGGUUCCGGAGGAGGGUGAGGCAGAUGGUGGAGGAGUACAAGCGGGUGAGCCCGCGGCCGAGGGGCCGGAGCGUGUACCGGCAGCCGAGGACGCCAGGGUGCAUGUGCAGGGCCGCCGGCGACGGCAGCGUCGACUUCUGACGAUGCCCCCAGUUUGCGGCGUCGACCUGGGAUCAUGUGUUCCAUUGAUUCUUUUGUAGUUUGUGCAUAACUUAUUUCUUAACUUUGAUAGCAGCUCAGCAGCAUAGGUGGAAGGAAAGGUGGUACAAUUUUGAGUUCUUAUAGUAUGUAACACAUCUUUACACAGAGGGGUUGUACAAAAGUAAGAUGUGCCAGGCCUAAAUACAUCUCUAAAAUGGUUAGUCCAAAAUAGAUAUAUAUAUAUAUAUAUAUAUAUGUGUGUGUGUUCCAUA